UUUGCCUCACACGUGCAUUUAAAAAAUGGGAGACGUUGUCGAGGCUCUGUUUAUAAGCUCAUUGAACAAUGAGCGCGCAUCCUGCAGCGUGCAGGAUCUUCGCACUGGCACCGAUCUGAUGAAAUACAAAGGCGGCGGCCAAAUGCAGCCACAUAGUCUGCAAAUGCUUGGCGCGAACUUUGUUAUUGCAGCGAACAGCACGAAGCCCUUGUUGCAUGUGUGGCCCCUCAAUGGACAGGAGCAGAUGUCCACCAUACGAUAUGUGGUGCCGGGCAAGGUGAAUGCUCUGGCCGUGACUCCAGAUGACGCCUACCUGGUGGCUGGCAUACAGGAAACCAUAUAUGUAUGGCAUCUCAAUUCGGGUCGCCUGCUCAACACAAUGUCCAAGCAUUUCCAGCCCAUCACCUGCAUCCGUUUCACCGACAACGGCGAGCAUUUUGCCACCGCCGGCAAAGAUGGUGCCGUGCUGGUCUGGAAUCUGACACGUGCUGUUGCUCCAUUGGGUUCCGGGGACAGCGAGGAGAAUGCCCCGUUCUACAGUUUCAAUGAUCAUGGACUCGCGGUCACCGAUGUGCACAUUGGCCUUGGCGGCAUACGUGCCUUCAUGUACACCGUGUCCUUGGAUCGCUGCUGCAAGGUAUAUGACCUAAGCAAUGGCCAUAUGCUGCUCAGUGUCGUCUUUCCCGUUGCCCUGCACAGCGUCGUGGUGAACAAGCUGGAGACGAGCGUUUAUGUUGGCACCAGUGAGGGUCAGGUGCUCAUCUUCCACAUGGAGAAGCUGCCACGCAUGAAGGAAUACCAUCUGGAAGAGGAGGAGAGUCAAGCGUUUAUAGGACACACAGCUGGUUCACCCAUCACAUCUUUGGCGCUGUCGGUGAAUGCUGAUCAACUGAUUUCUGGUGGCGACGAUAAGCAGGUGUGCGUCUGGGAUGUGGGCAGUCGUCAGCUGAUAAAGACCAUCUCACAGCUUGGUGCCAUUACCAAUCUGCACGUGCGCCUGAUCAGCUCGGCCAAGUUCCAUCCCGGACCCAAAGAGUCCAAGUUCUUUGCUGACAACCUGAAGCGCAUGAUUAGUCCAGCGGACAAUGAUGAUGACUGCAUUGAGUUGCUAAUCACAGAGAAAUAUUCAAAGAGACGACAGCUAAAAAAGCCAAACUUUGAUUAUAGCUACGAUGGCAUGGACAGCUCAGCAAUUCCAGCAGCAGACGAGGAGCAAAUGGAAGACGAAGCUCCCGCUGAUAAUGAUGAGCAGGAGGCGGAGGAGGAGGACACAGACGAAGAUGAGGAAAUGCCGGAUGCUGAUGAUGGUGACGAUGAUGACAGUUCCAAUGCUCUCAUCGCUGAGCUGGAAAGUUUACGUGCUGAAAAUGCUCGUCUCAAGCUUGAGGCAAAACGUUUGUUAGACUUGAAGCUAGAUAAAAUUGUAACGAAUCCGCAGAGCAACAAAACUUCCAAGAAAAACAAGAAAAAGGCUUGGAAGAAGUAGACUGUAGGUAUUUGUAGGAUUGGUUAACAAUUAUAUUAAAAAUUUGUAUAGAAACAAAUGACUAUACAUAAAAAAAGCACAAAACUGUGAUGUGAUUUAGUUGA